UCAGUAAUACAUGCUUUUUCUCUCCCCUCCCUUGCCAGCAAUCGAUUCCUGCUUAGGUUACAACAGUAGGACUGUUAGAUUGUUCUUUCCUACCAAGUUUGCUGUUUUGUCUUUGAAUUAAACAACUCCCACCCAUAAUGGCUACACAAGAAAUCUACACAUCAGAAAGUAAAGGAAAUGAUGUUUCUGGAGAUGGAACUAAAGACAAACCUGUAAAAACAGUUUUACAGGCUUUGCGUUUGGCUGGCAAAGAUUCAUCCCCUACUAUUUAUUGUGACUCCAAAAAGGAAGGCGAGGUUUAUGAACUUGUUGCUAAGUCACAGUUGAAAAAGAUCCAAAAGAUUUUUGUAAGAGAACAGCAUAAAAAAGCUGACACUGAAGAUGCUACACAAAAAGAUGCAGAGAGGAGAGAAAAGAAUUUAGAAGAUGCUAAAAAAAUAACCAUUGAAAACAAUCCUAGUUUACCUGAACCUAAAUUGAUUAAGCUACGUGAUGCUAUCAAGACGAGAGAUCAACGUGUCAAGAUUUUUGGCUGGGUGCAUCGGUUGAGAAGACAAGGAAAAAAUUUGAUGUUUGUCAUCUUGCGAGAUGGUACAGGAUUUCUGCAAUGUGUAAUGGCUGAUCAGUUGUGCCAGACGUACGAUGCAGUUACAUUGGCAACAGAAGCAUCCAUUGCUGUGUAUGGUGUCAUUAAAGUGUUGCCUGAAGGAAAGAGUGCACCAGAUAACCAUGAGAUUACUGUGGACUACUGGGAACUUAUAGGACCAUCCCCUCCAGGUGGUGCUGACAACUUGCUCAAUGAAGAGGCUCACCCAGAUGUGCAGCUAGAUAACAGGCACAUGAUGGUUCGUGGUGAAAAUACUGCCAAGGUUUUAAAAAUGAGAUCUGUGAUAACUCAUUGUUUUCGAGAACACUUUUUUGAUCGAGGUUAUUUUGAGCUAACACCCCCAACAAUAGUCCAAACUCAAGUAGAAGGUGGAUCGACAUUGUUUAAGCUAAACUAUUUUGGAGAAGAGGCCUACCUAACCCAGAGCUCCCAACUUUACUUGGAGACUGUAAUCCCAGCAAUGGGUGACGUAUUCUGCAUGGCCCAGUCAUACCGAGCUGAAGUAUCCAAAACCAGGCGCCAUUUAGCUGAGUACACUCAUUGUGAAGCUGAGUGUCCAUUCAUCACAUAUGAUAAACUACUAGACAAAAUUGAAGACUUGGUGUGUGAUGUUGUGGACAGAGUUUUAAAGUCUCCAUACGGCCACAUAGUGUACGAGCUUAACCCUGACUUCAAACAACCCAAGAAACCAUUCAAACGUAUGGAUUACACUGAUGCUAUAGUCUGGCUAAAAAACAACAAUGUUACAAAAGAGGAUGGCACAUUCUAUGAAUUUGGUGAUGACAUCCCAGAAGCCCCUGAGAGGAAGAUGACUGAUACCAUCAAUGAGCCAAUCAUGCUGUGCAGGUUCCCUGCUGAGAUUAAAUCCUUUUACAUGCCCAGGUGUAAGGAAGACAACAGGCUCACUGAAUCUGUUGAUCUUUUGAUGCCUAAUGUUGGAGAAAUAGUUGGUGGAUCUAUGAGGAUAUGGAAGCAAGCUGAACUAGAGGCUGGCUUCAAAAGAGAAGGAAUUGACACAAGUCCUUAUUACUGGUAUUUUGAUCAGACAAAGUAUGGCAGCUGUCCCCAUGGAGGCUAUGGACUUGGUGUUGAAAGAUUUCUGUGCUGGAUACUGAACCGCUACCACAUCCGUGAAGUUUGUGCCUACCCUAGGUUUGUUGGCAGAGCUAAACCCUAAAUGGAUCUGCAGCCAUUUUAACACAAAAUCCUGUACUUAUUGUUCUUUACAAGUUAUUGGUAGGAUGGUUUAGUAGAGGGGAAAUAUUUCCUUCUGCAUUGAAAAUACAGAAAAUGUUGAGAUAGUUGUUGCAGGGUAUAUUAUUACCUGCACAGUAAAGCAUAAUUUUUCUGCUAAGGAAAUCCUACCAAUCACUUACAUUGUUCUUAGACAUCUAUUUUCUUGCAGAAGUUGAUGUUGAUUCUUUUCAAAUAUUUGACAAAAAUCCAUAAAUACCACAUAAUGUAUACAAUAUUUCACAUUAUAAACAAGAUGUGUUUUAACCUUGUGUCCAAUAGUUUGUACCACAGUUGUAUGUGACUAACCAAUGUGGCCAGGUAUUUUUUCUUUGUUUAUUUGUGUCCAUCUUUAAAAUUUCAAGAUCAAAAUUGCCUUUGUGACUGCAUUCAUUUGUUCUCACUCUGUAAGUUUGUCAUCUGCUGUAGCUAGUUUUUGAGUAUAACUGGGACAUGUUACAAUUAUUUGUAAAAACAAUAUUGUACCAUGAAAGUUUCAAAGUUUAUUCUGGUAAAGGUAUAAGCUGGUGUUGGGAGUAGGUCCUAGAGUUUCAAGCCAUUUUAAAUUGUCUGUUGGUUUUAUUGUUCUUAUUAUUAUAUCAAUUUUUGCUUGCUAAGCUCAUUAAAAUUAUAAUUCCUGUC